AUUAUAUAAAAUUCUAAACCAAAACAAAAAUAACGUUGGGGUGAGAGAGGCUCGAACUCUCGACCUCAGGAUUUCUCUUAAAGCUAUGAGACCUACGCGCUAGCCAACUGCGCCACCACCCCUUGAUCGUUAACCUCAAGAGGUAACCUUAUAUUCGAAUAAUCCACUAAUGGACUCGUCGGUCGGCCCUCAAAAGCGUACGGAGCGAAAAUGAAAGAGGGCAGGGCAGAAUAAUGUUUUCAAAGUCCACGCUAUUCGUUUUGCUUAUACUGAUCAUCACCAGCACAGCAAAAACUCCAGCCCAAGUGACAAUUUUCGAUGAAGAAUCUGCAAAGGAGAUUCUCAGCUCGGCCCACAAAGAAAAAGAUUGGCUUAUCUCGAUAAGGAGGAAAAUCCACGAGAACCCAGAGCUUAGAUUCCAAGAAUUCAACACCAGUGUCCUCAUUCGCGGUCAGCUCGAUGACCUCGGGAUUUACUAUGAGCAUCCAUUUGCUGAAACGGGUUUGGUUGCUCAAAUCGGGUCGGGUUCACCGCCGGUUGUUGCCCUGCGUGCUGAUAUGGAUGCUCUCCCCUUGCAGGAGCUGGUGAAUUGGGAGCAUAAGAGUAAAUCUGAUGGUGUAAUGCAUGGAUGUGGGCAUGAUGCACAUACCACAAUGCUUCUUGGUGCUGCUAAGUUGCUCAAUGAAAGGAAGGACAAAUUUAAGGGAACUGUAAGGCUUCUAUUUCAACCUGCUGAGGAAGGUGGUGCCGGUGCAUCAUACAUGAUAAAACAAGGCGCUCUUGGCAAAUCGGAGGCUAUUUUCGGAAUUCACGUCGAUUUUCAAGGGCCCACCGGAAGCAUAGCAAGUCUUGCGGGGCCCGUUUUAGCCGCCGUAAGCUUUUUCGAGGUCAAAAUAAUCGGGAAAGGCGGGCAUGCGGCCGAACCUCACAAUGGGGUCGACCCAAUUCUUGCUUCAUCUUUUGCAAUCUUGGCAUUGCAACAGCUCGUUUCAAGAGAAGUCGAUCCACUCAGUAGUCAAGUGCUUUCUGUGACGUAUGUGCGAGGUGGGACCGCAGCAAAUGCAAUACCCGAGUAUGUUGAAUUUGGAGGUACUCUCAGGAGCCUUACAACUGAAGGACUGAUUCAACUCCAGAAGAGAGUGAAAGAGGUCAUUGAGGGUCAGGCAAGCGUGCACAGAUGCAAAGCACACGUCAGCAUGAAAGAAGACGAUUUCCCUCCAUAUCCAGCAACCGUGAAUGAUAAAAAGCUGCACGAGCACGUGAGGACAGUUGGCAGCCUCCUAUUGGGCUCCGAAAACGUGAGGGAGGCUAAAAAGGUGAUGGCUGGGGAAGACUUUGCCUUUUACCAGCAAGUCAUCCCUGGAGUUAUGUUUGGAAUUGGUAUUAGAAACGAGAAAAUCGGGGCCAUUCAUCCUCCCCACUCGCCGUAUUUUUUUCUGGACGAAAAUUCCCUUCCUGUGGGGGCUGCUUUGUACGCGGCUCUUGCCGAGUCUUAUCUGAUGGGCCGUUCGGAUAUUACUGUCGAUAUCUAACUUGUGCUUCUGAUUGUUUUUGAAGUUUGGUACAAAUGGUUUGGAUAUUUGUUUCUGUUUAACAAGUUGCAGGCACCUAGCAGCUCUUUCUCUUGCAAGAAUUUAUCCGUUUUAUGCUUCUAACCAACUUUUGAGCUACUUCGAAUUUAUCUGUUUUAUGAUUCUAACCAACUUUUGAGCUACUU